GAAGAAGACGACGUUGACGCAAGUGUUUACGUUUUUCUUCUUCCGCACUCUUGGAAGCGGAGUACCAUUUACCAAUCUGACGCUAAAUUCUGUCUUUCUGGGAAUACCCGCGGCCAUGCUUCUUAUAUUAAAAUUAAGCAGUAGAGAUACUAAUCAGAUUAAUAUGUUUAUAACCGUUCGCCGUCGUCUGUAGACGUCGAACUGAAAGCUUUUCCUCUCGCUUUUCAUCGCAGGCAAAGCUAACGCUAGCAGUGCUUUAGCAGCGGCUGUGGACGUAAAUUGAAUAAGUGAUCUCCAGAUUCGCUUGAGUUCACUUAGAAAUCGAACAAGGCAGUCAUGGCCACUAGGCGUCUGACCGAUGCCUUCUUGUUAAUGCGGAACAAUGCAAUCCAAAACCGGCAAAUUUUGGCUGAGCAAGUGAGUACAAACGACCCCCGUCUGAGUACACGUAGCAAUGCUGCGGAGCUUGAUGAGUUGGCUGAUGAUCGAAUGGCCCUGGUGUCUGGAAUAAGUCUGGACCCUGAAGCAGCCAUUGGAGUGACCAAGAAACUUCCCCCAAAGUGGAUCGAUGGAAUCGAUGAGAUCCAAUAUGAAAUCACAAGGAUUCGACAAAAGAUGAAGGAACUGGCCCUACUUCACGACAAGCACAUGAAUCGUCCAACGCUGGACGACAGCAGCGAAGAAGAGCAUGCAAUAGAAAUCACUACACAGGAGAUCACACAGAUGUUUCACCGUUGCCAGCGAGCUGUGACAGGUUUGCAGGCUCGCUGUGGUCACUGCACCGAGCAGGAGGAGCGACUCCUGAGGAACGUGGUGGCGUCUCUGGCACAGAGUCUGCAGGAACUCUCCAUCAAUUUCAGACACACACAGUCUGGCUAUCUAAAACGUAUGUUAACCAGGUAUGAAGAACCAAAUCACUUUUUUGACUCUGGGCCUUUAAUGGAGGAGGAUGAAGAUCUAGCGCUGUAUGACAAAGGAUUUACAGAUGACCAGUUAAUGCUGGUAGAGCAGAACUCAGUCAUGGUUGAAGAAAGAGAGCGGGAAAUUCGACAAAUAGUGCAGUCUAUCUCAGACCUGAACGAGAUUUUCCGGGACUUGGCUGGAAUGGUUCUUGAACAGGGUACCGUACUUGACCGGAUUGACUUCAACGUGGAGCAGGCCUGCGUUAAGACAGAAGAUGGAUUUAAACAGUUACAGAAGGCGGAGCAGUAUCAGAAGAAAAACAGAAAGAUGUUGGUCAUUUUAAUCCUCUUCGUCAUAGUCAUUGUUCUAAUUCUUAUUCUUUUUGGAACAAAGUUUUAGUCCUGCAUUCCACCGUCUGUGUGUGUUUUCUGUGUGGCUGUAUGUUGUGCCUCUGUGUGGACUUGGACUUGGACUUGGUUUUACUGAAAACAAAGCUGACUGCCUUUCAAACCCACUUCGACGUGACAGGAAGGGUCCCGUGUCUGCUUGACUGUGUGAGGAGAUUUCUGUGAUGACGUUUCGGUGAGAGAAACAAUCAGCCGUCUGUCCGAGCUGCUCUAAGACAUUUAAAUCACGUUUAACCCUCAGUGACAGAGGUUCAUCAAACAUGGCUGUGCUGACAUUUCUGUCUUAAGAACUUUGGGGUGUUUAAAAAAGGACUUCCAGAGGCUGAGACUGUGUUCUCUGCUUGACCUGAAGCAUUUGACAUUUCCUGUGAGUAGAAGAUUAUUUUUGUCUUUUCAACAUCAAUGUGAAAAGAGAAACGCUGUAAACAAGAAACUACAGCAAAAUCAUUUUGAUCCUAAUUUGGGCUGCUGGAACAACUACUUCAGUUGUCUGAAUCAUAGAAGAAAAUUACCUAAAAGUUGUGCAGUACAAAAAAAAGCAGAUGGUAAGUAGACUGUCGUACCGGAUCAAUCGGAUAAUAUCAACAUUAAAGAAUGUAUUUUAUGUAAACUCACUCACAUUUUUAUUUUAGAACAGCUGUAUACUUUAUCUUUCCAUCGCCUCCCAAUCACUGCAGCCCUCGUCCCGCUGAGGUUCAGUAUUUUGUGUAAUGGCAUUACCAGGUAUGUUUCAAAAUGUAAUCAUGAAGUACAAACAAAUACUGUUUGGUUUGAGGACCAUGUUUUUCUUUAAUUGUGUAUAUGUGACACCACACUUCACUAAGCCCGCCCCCUCUUCCUACUGAGGUCCUUGCUUGUCCACUGAUGAUGCCACAAACAUUUUGCCUCUCAACUCUGAUCUCUUACCAUUGUCACACACUCACCACACCAGGCUUUGAGAGCUUGUUUUAAAAACACUUAUUUUUAUUUGUUUUUGUUCAUUAUGGUCCUUGUAUUAAGUGCUACCUUAAAAAAAAAAAAGAAAAUUGCAGUUUGCACAAAUUGAAGCUUGGGUAGGAUUGGGGAGGUGUAACCGAUGUGAUACUACUGGCAUCGACAUAUUGAGAAAAACUAUAAUUGAUUUAUUUAUUUUAAAUAGCUUUGAGUAGCCCAGAGGUUAAGAAGUGUGAGGCGUCAGACCUCAGGCAAAUACUGUUCAGUGAGUACAUGAGUGUAUGUGAAGCCUGUACCUGCCUGUUAUCGUCCACUCCAGUGAGAAAGCUGUGAACUGAACUAGUCCAACACAAGCAAACCUAUGAAGACUGCAUUACCAGGUUGUUUAUUUGUUUUUCUUUUGUUCUCAUUCUGGACAUGUCAUAUUUUAGCGAACUGUUGGAGUCUAAUUCUUUUAUAAAGACUGAUGAGCUGAAAUGAUGAAGAGCUUUAUUUGAUAUAUAUCUGUACACAGCUGUUCAGUUGUCUCAUUGAUGUGAAGUUAUAUGUGUGUGUGUGUGCGUAUGUGUGUGAAAAACAAUUAUGUCUUAUAGGUACUUCACUGGAGUUUUGUUUCUGCAAACAAAAUGGUUAAGGACAAUGCAGCUUUUUCAAAAAUAAACAAGGAAAGUGGUGUCGA